AUGUCGUCGCCUAGCCAGUACGUCCAACAGAUAGAGAAGUUACAGAAUGAGCGUGAUGAGUUGCUGGUCUACGCCCUGCAGAACCCCCCACCGUAUAUAACAAUUGUCUUGCCACCUGGGGUGAAUUCCGUCUCGGAACUUGACCUGACCCGUACGUCGAGCCCGCUCCCCCUUUACGCUAGCGCAAACCCGGCGAAACCGAUGGAAAUAAGACUGCAGAGUCCUUCAAUUGCACUGAAAGUAGUGGAAGGCAAGCACAAUAACAACUACCCUAAUGACGGAAGUUGUGUCGUCAACAAUAGCAUCCGUAACAACAAGAAGCACAUAUCUUUAAAAGGCUUCACCAGCUUCUUAGAGAAUCUGCUUCGAGGCGUGCAGCACGGUGUCUCCCGAGACCCAUCAACGGAGGCUUUUACCGAGAAAAACAUGGAUGUCGGUGAGACCAACAGCACCACACAGGGAGUCCAAGAGAUGUGUUAUUGCAGCAAGAGAGUAGCAACGAGUGUGGGUGGUGUUCAGCGUCGAGAACCGUUGCCAAUUGAGGGCACACAGGAGUGCACACUCGCCGAGUACAUUGCUCCAUACGUCUCAAAAGACGGGUUUCUUCCAUACGACCCGAUGCGGUCUCCAGAACCUCCAUUGAUUGAAUUUUGUCCUCUUAUCUGUAAUGAUAUACUCACCGAACUUGAUGACAAUGAUGAGUACGUGCUGUUGGUUUACGAGCACCUGUUGCUCAGUGUUGACCUUCUCCGUGAUGCAGACCACACACGGUAUGAAGAGGAGGUGCGUUGUGGAUUUCAGAAGGUUUUUGAAAUCAGCGACGAGCAGCACCAGCGCAGCCUGUGCAAUCUUGCUCAAGGGGCAAAUGAAGAACACGUUGCGGUGACGUAUAUUAGUGUUCCCACUGUUCGGCGUCUCAUUAGGUCAAGCACAGACAAGGGAUUUGUGGGGCGAAUGCAAAAGAUUCUACGCGCCUGCAGUGGGCACCCUGAUGUGCCCGAGCAAACUGAAUACCCAUUGGCACUACGCGCCUUUCUCUACGCGGGGGCGUUGUGCCCGCUUUACAAGUUUGACAGGCACCACGCCGACGGGACAAUGCUGCAGGAGGAACAGGUGCGCAACACCCUUGCUGCGCUACGUAGCAAACUUAACAUCUGCAGCAGCCUCGACCCAUUCUGCCACCUCCAUGCACGUCUCCUCUCAGCAGAAGAAGGAUUUGCAAUUAAGAGGCAGCAUGCCUUCCUCAAAGGGGUUACGUCGGCGGUGAGCGCACUCUCAGAAUCGGCACAGUCACUCGGCAAGAAAUCACUCACACCCGAGACAAAGUGGAAACUGUACAUCCUGCAGGAAACAUUCGAGAUGUGCUCCACAUCCAUGACUCUGCUUGGUGCCGUUAGAUCGGAUAGCGCUUUUCUUGGAGUCUCCGCUCUGUUCUUUGAGUCGUGUCUCUCUUUGCCACCGGAGUUUCUCUCCGCUUACGUUCGAGUAGAGGGUGGAGACUUGCUGCCACCGACAAGCUCCGUGAACGACUUCCUCUUAACCUUACUUAUGAUGUUCACUACGUCUGGUGUCUUGCGCAACUACAGUGAUGCAAAGUAUAGAGUUGGACCUGCCGGAACACCAGAGCAGCUGCUGGAGGAAUUGGGUGAUGUGGACAAGCGGGUGCGGACGUUUUGCAGGAUGCUUUCACACAGCAUAGAGCACGCUGCUGUCUUUGUUGUGCCCGGCGUUGCGGCUGUGGCGUCGCACGUAAUUGCAGAGUACUGGAGAAGGUCUAACACCAACCGUGAGAUCCCGUAUGACUUUGUUGAGGGGGUCCACGCCUUGGUCAUAUUUCUGGUGAAGUACGCGCCCCCCGGUGUGGAGGGUGAUGCGGAGAUGAGCCGCGUGCUCGUCUUCGGUGCACGCCACUGUUUUUCUUGGCUUGUACCAUUGAUAGAGCGAUACGAUUCUGCCGUGUGGGAACGGAUGAGGCAGAAGUUGCAGGCUGUUACAAACAUUCUAAACGGCGAUUGUUCUCUGUUGCGUGAGGCUGUGAAUCUGAUGAAUAGCGUUAAGGAGGAAAUGACGGUGCCUAUGCCAUCGCCACUGGUUCCACAGCCGGAAGAAUUGGUCCGGAGGCGCACGUCGCACAUUGCAACUGUGUUAAAUGGCGUCGCCCGUUGCUUCCGAGGCCGAUUUGUGUCCCCCACCAAACACGUUGGCGCGGAAGCCACGCACCACAGCUAUAUCGAAAAGUAUAAAGCACUAUUGGAGUAUGGCGAGAAGACGGCAACGCAAGCCACACCGUUGGAGGAAGUCGCAGUAUGCCUCAACUGUCUCUCCAUCCUGCAGGAUGGCUGGAGGUAUGUCAUUGCACAAUUUGAGGAGGACUACAAAAAGGUGCGUAGGGUGACAGGGGCGCCUGGGAUAUCGUUCAAGAACAUCAUGGAGGAGGGAAGAGAGCAGCUCACGGACAGAGCAGCCAAGUUGUGCCAUUUUGCCGCCGCCUCUAUCAUCCGCGUGGAGCUCGGUAGUCUCCUCUUUGAAAAAUUUAUGAAGCGAGAUAUGCGUGCAGCUCGAAGUAUGAGGUUUGGUAAGGCGGCGGUGGAAGAACGCCGUAGCCUCCCCCGCGAGUUCCCCGACGUCACAAUGAAGCUUAUUUUGCACGAACUGGAUAGCGCACUCGCUGCUUUUUAUGCACAAGUUAUUGAUUCCUCCAUGCAGAAGGAUGUACGGGCCUUGGCGAUGCUGCACCUUGUUGGAGCGCUGUACUACGUAUACGUUGAGGGUGCGCCGGACCGCUACUUCUACCCGGAGGACUGGGAAGCUAUCGCGCAAGAACUGGAGUCUGUGGAGGUCUUUAUCCUCGGCUCGUCAAAAGAAAAAACUGCCCACAGAAGUUAUGUGAGUGGUCCUGUCGCGCGUAGUCUGGAAAUGCUGAAAUACCUGAAACAAAUUGUGCGAUAUUGCUUCUCGCAGCCCUCCUCUGUUCUCGUCGAUGGCGGUGAGGGUGUGCCACCGUUCGCGCAGCUGCCAGAGACCUCCGACACCUCGCCGUGGUGCAAGUACGUUGUGCGCCGUGUGCUGGAGCGCAGAAAAGACAAGGUAGUAAGGUCGCCAUUCAAUGCGACUGGUUUUUGGAAAAGAGAUGAACUGUAA